UGCGGUCGCAGGUGGCUUGCGUCAUACUGGUGCUACUCGCGCUGGGCGACACCGCCGAGUCGAAAGGCAAUCGCUACGCCCGGGUGGACCGCAAGUGGAAGAUGCAGAAGAAGGCGUGCACGGACGUUGACUGCAGCCACUUGGCGCCAGCCGUCAACAUGAACUGUGUGAACGAGUGCACGUCGCCCGACUGCUACGCCUUGGUGUAUGCCUCCGAGCCGCUCGAGGACGGCGAGGUCGACGAGUACCGUGCCCAUCGCUUCACGAGCUGCCUCCGCAAAGAGUUUUUGAAGCGGAAACCGACGGCCAAGACGAGUCGCGACGAGCUCUAA